GAACACCGCCUUCUUUAGUGCCGGGGCAAGCGUUAUCAAAUCAUCGAGAACAUCUGUAUAAGUGUUAUGAACCUGGGGUCAUCCACCUUUGAUGCGUAUCCACAAUUUGUCCCAGCUGCAAUAGCGGCUCAUUGAAUCGUCUUUGCUGUCUUUACAAGAUGAUGGCUAGCAAACGCAAGCUGCAGGAUUCGGAGGAUGAUUCUCUACACAAAAGAUCCCACAGCUUGGGGUACGACGCCCAGGCACCUUGGCUGCAGGACUGCCGGACAUCCCGGGGCUGGCGGACAUUGGGGAAUCCAGCAGUGCAGCCUUCGAUGCCACUGUCGAAUCUUGUAUCCGCUGUACAAGACCUGAUUGAUCCCGAUUUCGAUCCUCUUAUCGCCAUUUUGGAUGACGAACCGCGCUUCCUAAAGCCCCUUCCGUCUCGGAUAGCACCAGAAGAUCUCGAGUUCCUACGGUUCCGAGGAGCCCUGUCGCUUCCAGAAAGUGGGCUGCGAAAUGAAUUGUUGCGAUGCUAUAUUCAAUGGGUGCAUAGCUUUAUGCCGGUGCUGAACCUGCAGGAUUUCCUACGGUGCAUUGCGGAGAAUGACCCCGAGGGCAAUGUCAGUAUCUUGCUCUUCCAGGCUGUCAUGUUUGUGGCAACGGCCUUUGUUGAUCUCAAGCACCUUCAAGAUGCCGGCUAUCCAACGAGGAAAAGCGCGCGGAGUGCAUUCUAUACGCGGUUAAGACUUCUCUAUUCGCUUGAUUGCGAGGAAGAUCGAAUCGUGAUCCUACAAACCCUUCUUCUGAUGACAUACUGGUCAGACCACAUGAACAAUCCGCAAAGAGAUAUCUGGGAUUGGAUUGGAGUGUGCAACACACAGGCCCAUUCAAUUGGGUUGAACAGAGACCCUACCACGUCCGAUUUGGAUCCCAGGAUUAAGCGUUUAAGGAUACGUCUAUGGUGGAGUCUCUAUUCUCGGGACCGCUUGAUAGCCAUGGGGUUGAGACGUCCCACCCAGAUCAACGAGGGAACAAGCAGCGUCCCAAUGCUGAAGAUCGAUGACUUUGAUCUCGAACCCUUCCAUCCAUCAGUGAUUAGCUUAUUUCGCUGCCGUCAGCUGGAGGAUAUUUCCCAUCAGAAACGAUUAGCGACUAUGUUCAUCGAAAAGGCUAAACUUUGCCAAUGUAUUGGUCGAGUUCUUUUCGCACAAUAUACCCCCUCUCAAUGCCAAUUCGGCACAACCACCCGAACGACCAUCACUCUGGUUCCGAGGCAGGCUUCUGAAUCAGAGCUAGCUCGGUGUAGUCAGAAGCUGGACUCUUGGCUCGGUGGGCUUCCCAGGGAUGCACAGUUCAUUCCUGCAUCGCGAAACAACUUCAAAGAUGGAGAGGAUGUCCUGCUUCUACACGGAGCUAUGUUGAGAAUGCUAUACCAUGCUACCAUCAGCGCACUGCAUCGUCCAUGGGCACUUGGUUUCAACAAAGAUCAAUCAAAGCCACGAUUGGAGUGGGCAAAUACUGCACGGGCGAAGAUGCAUGAUGCUGCUACAGGAAUCACACAUAUCAUCCAAGGAUUGAACCAGCUAAAUCUUACCAGAUUUCUACCCCAAUCUGGCGUCACUGUCAUAUUACCCGCCGCCGUGGCACAUUUGGCAAACACCAAUUCGGACAAUCCUGCUGUCCGCGAGACAAGCAUUCAUAACUUCCAUAGGUGCAUCCAAGUUCUUCACGGACUGACGGAUAUAUACCCUGCCGCAGACAUGGAGGUGGCCAAUAUCGAGGCUGCUGUCAAGGUUCAAUCAGACAGCGUCGGCACCUUUCUCAAAAUCAUGCAAUAUAAUCCCAUUGCCAUGAACCAGGAUGUCCCAACUUCCAAUUCAUCACCACGAAAACAAAGCGAGUCAAGCUCGCACACCAUUCAACCAUUAAAAGACACAUCAGAUCAACGACGACAAUCGAAUAAACCCGAAGAUAUCAGCAUUCACCCCCAAAACCGAACAGGAUCCAUAUCCUACCAAACCCCUAUUGAAUCCCAUCCCCGCCAACAGAGCGCAGCAACACACGACGGAUCACAAAAAAUAGAACGCGAACGAAGACCUUCUAAUAACGAUUUUGACGACCAAUUCAACCUCCAAUCACCACCCGCAACUAACGGAAGUCCUUUCCUCGCCUCGGAUCUCGUUAACCUUGACGUCGACCCCUUUCCCGACUUCUCCCCUCCCGAGCCACAUGUUGCCUCCGGAUGUCCCGAGUUAGAUAUAGACUGGACAGAUGAGCUUCUUCGAGGUACGGAGUUGAAUUCUGACUACCAGCAUGAUUCGGGAGUUGCGGAGCACAGGGAUAUAUUUUCGUUUCCGUCAAGACAGGAAGGUGACCCAAUAGGUCGGGUUAAUGGGGAUAUUACAGGCGACUUGGAUAGGGAUUUGGGAUUGCAUGAUAGCGAUGAUAUUUUUUGAUUUAUGGGUCAUUAUAUAUUAUUUGCUUCUUAAAAAAUGAACAUAAUAUUAAAUUAGCUUAUGGCUAAGUGUAUGACGUUGACUCCAUAAUCGAAGGUACUAAUAUGAGCAGCGUAAUUGAAACGACCAUCUAAUCGUAUCUCUAGUCUAUU